AUGGUGUUGGUAUUGGCUCUUGGGGAUCUACACAUACCCCAUAGAGCACCUGAUCUUCCUGCAAAGUUCAAGUCCAUGCUUGUUCCUGGCAAGAUCCAGCACAUCAUUUGCACUGGCAAUCUUUCUAUCAAAGAAGUUCAUGACUACUUGAAGACUCUUUGCCCCGAUUUACAUAUUACUCGAGGUGAAUAUGAUGAAGAUACUCGAUAUCCCGAGACCAAAACAUUAACUAUUGGGCAAUUCAAGUUGGGACUAUGCCAUGGUCAUCAGGUUGUUCCAUGGGGGGAUUUAGACUCACUAGCAAUGCUCCAGAGGCAGCUGGAUGUAGACAUACUUGUGACCGGUCAUACCCAUCAAUUCACAGCUUACAAACACGAGGGAGGUGUUGUUAUAAACCCAGGGUCUGCUACUGGUGCCUAUAGCAGCAUUACCUAUGAUGUGAACCCAAGCUUUGUCCUCAUGGACAUUGAUGGCCUACGUGUUGUUGUGUAUGUUUACGAGCUCAUUGAUGGUGAGGUUAAAGUGGACAAGAUUGAUUUUAAGAAGACGACUGCCACAACUCAUUCUGCUCAUUGA